CCAUAAUCUAUUCCAUCACCACCACCUGCAUUCACUCCUAUCCCUAUCGCCAAAAUUUCUCACCCACAAAAUCACCUGACCUCCACUCCUCCACCCUCCAAUCUGUCACAAUGACAGAAUCACCGGGCUCCCCCCUCUCCUCCAUCGCCUCCGACGAGGACAUGUCGGACCGCGACGACCUCAAGCAACCCUUCUCCCCCUCCGGCUCCGUCACCAACUCCAACAUGCCCCCCUCGAAACGCCGUCGCACCGGCGGCGUCACCUCCUGGGACCGUGCCACCCCGGUCUCGACUACCUUCCCAGACGACCUCCCGCCGCCCUCACCCUCGACCUCCAUCUCCUCCGACACCUCGGGCGAGAUCCCCAACUCGCCCGGCACGUACGCGCUGAUCGGCGGCAGCAUCGACGACGACUACAGCGGUCAGGCCAACGACCAGGUGACCGUGUGCCGCUGGGACGGGUGCGACGCCGGCGAUUUGGGCAACAUGGACGGGCUGGUCAAGCACAUCCACGACGAGCACGUCGGCAGCCGGCAGAAGAAGUACUCGUGCGAGUGGGCCGACUGCAGUCGGAAGGGGCAGACGCAUGCCAGCGGCUAUGCGUUGCGCGCCCAUAUGCGGAGCCACACCCGCGAGAAGCCGUUCUACUGCGCCUUGCCUGGUUCGUCCUUUGAUCCUUUCUUUUUUUUUUUGCCCCGCCGCAGAGACCUUUCUAGAGAGGUUUCCCCUUCCGAGAAUGGCAUUUGGUACUAAUUGACCCGACGGAAAAAAGAAUGCGACC